AUGUCACUAAGAGAAAUAAGCGAUAGAAGAACACAUCUUACAAAUGGCAUUCAUGUUCUACGGGUGAUUUUCCAUUCAGGUCUCGAAAGGUACAAAGAGCGUGCAAGGUCUGUCGAACAAAAAAGAUCCGUUGCGAUGGUGCAUCACCUUGUAAAAGAUGCGAGGAAAACAAUAUACAGUGUGAUUAUGACCACCCCAGAAAAAGAUACCAGUAAUCAAUCAAUCUACACAAAUCCUAUCAAUAGUCCUCUGCAGUACCAAAGAACCCCAGUUGGAUUCUCGAGUCUAUUGUACGAAUCAAUACACAUCUCAUCCGACACCCGUUUACCACCUCUCUUUUGCGAUUUCUUUCACCUGUCAGUCCAACCGUCGACAAUAUGGAAGUCACUGGUCCACAUCUUUCAAAAAAAAUCUCAAAAAUCUCAAAAAACCCAAAAUUCUGACAGAAGCCAUCAAGAAGAAUUGAGGGCAAUCAUUACAGAAAGCUUGGGAUUGUUUUCAGUCCAUAACAUAUUGUACAGCUCCUUUAUCGACAUGGCCCAUCUCCAGAACGUAAUGUCUUCAGUAGUCGCCAACCCGCUCGAUAAAUAUAAGAGUGCGACCGAAUGGCUGCUCAUAGAUAUCAUCGUGGCCCUCACUCUUCAGGCUGCCCACCGUACUUUACUUUCGGUUUGUUCCGAUGUGGCACCUGACAUCCAUCACUGUUCCCAGUCAUUUUAUUCCCAGGCCAAUCGUCAAUUUUGGCGUUUGACCUAUCCAACAAUACCCGAACGUGAACCCAAUAUGGUCCUUUCCCAAAACCUUGUUCGGGCAGCCAUUCUUAUAUCUCAUUACCAAUGUACAUCGAUUUCAGAAGACCAGGCUCUGGUAACUCUAAGGACCGGCGUAGGAUUUGCCCAGAUAUGUAAACUGUCAAGCUACAGUGAGAUGACCAUGAUGCCUAUGAUGCCUAAAGCCGCCAUUUUGGACACCGAAGAACAGCAGCGGCUGUGUAUCCUUUACAAGACUUUGAUCGGAUGGGACACAUGGUUUAGAUUCUAUCUUUAUCAGCCCAACCCAGGCUACCAAGACAAUACUGUUGAUCAUUGUCUCAAGUUAUUCGACUCGAAUUUUUAUUACACACAAGGAAAUCAACAACGAGUUAUCCACAUCAUUGAGAUAUACACAUCUUUUAUAAAAAGUCUUUUGAGGUCUAGAACAAGUCCAAUUGGUGUACAAACCAUCAAGGAUCAAUUUGACUGGUUAGAAAGAGCAUCUUUGAUUAACUUGAGUAACACCCGCAGUCCUCAAAACAAGUAUCAGUAUCCCACGGAACUUACUAGCUGCUCAGCCUCUGUCAUAUCUCUCUAUCAUCAAAUACUCAUCCUUCAAGUAACAUCAUCUUUUUGGUCCUUACCAUAUAGCCAAUCAUCAUUAGAUAAUAAUCAGAUACUAGUCAAGAUAUGCACGUCUGAUGCUGCCAUUGCUGUUGAUGUUGAUACUGAUGUUGAUACUGACGCUGAUGCUGACGCUAAUACUGAGGACGAAGCUGAAAUUGAGACCGAGGCUGCCGUAUCCGACAAUGAAUUGUCUUUUUACGAAUGUGGAGCAAGCAUGUGCAUUGAAGCAUCAAUAAAAGUAAUCCAAAUUGCAAAUGAAUCAAUUUCCCGAAACACCACCGCCGCCGCAAUCAUGUCCGAUGUUCAUCAUCCCACCCUACUUCAUGCACUCUGUUGGGCUGUAUCUGGCAUGAUAUCAUCGAUCCAAAACGGAAGCCAUCAUUCACCAAGACUUUCACCAAUCCUAAACACAAGCACUUUGACAAGAACAAGAAAAGACGACCAGAGUUGUACAAAGUUUUCGACAUCAUUGUCCAAAUUAAAAGCCUUGCUAGAACACCUCGAGUCUGUCGCUCCAAGCCAAAACCAAUGGAAGAACCUUGUGGAAUUGUUGAAUACCGCAGCUGCGGAUAUACCUAAUACUCCUCCUACUAACCUCACAGGAUCUCUCACACCAGAUAGCCAAGAUUUUAAAGAUAACACGCUACCGAGUAUUAGUAUUAGUAUCAGUAGUAGAAAUAGUAGUAGUAGUAGUAGUAGUAGUGGCAGUGGCAGUGGAAGUACGGCGUGUUCCUUUCCUAUUACCGAGCCUACAGAUAAAACAAAGACCAAAAAUUCCCGAGUCAAAAAGAAGAGACCAUUCACUUAUCUGACGAAUAAUAAUACAAUUGGAUCGGACCAGAAUAUACAAAAAGAAAUCAGACAACGAGUACGAGUGAGAUCGAAAUCUGGACCGAUCAAGAUUGACUACGCCCAGAGUCCAUUUUUACCACCGUCAGCCAAAGAAUCACUAGUGACUGAAAGAGAUUCACAGCACAGUCAUAUUAUGGGAAAUGAAGACCAGUGGGUGCCUGCGCCAUUCACAACAUCUUUGCAGACCUAUCCAGCCCUGAAAUCCCCAAAAGCAAACACCCGACCACGUGUGAAAAGGACACGCUCGUGUUCGGAUAGUUACAGCAGUCUGGAUAUGGACGGCCUAAAUAAACUCUCGUUGGCAUUGGAUAUGUGCUCUACGGUUGGAACCCGCUGUAAGCUCAGUACGCUACCUGGAGAAAGAAUUGCAACAAACACAAAAACCUUUCAGAAACAUGUGUGGAGUGGUCUAGAGCCCAAUAUUCCGACCUGUCCUCCGCCAAUUCUCAAUUACCUUAACUACCAAAAUAGUGGUUAUCACAAAGAACAGCCGUCUGAAAUGAUCAAUGUAAACAAGGGUCUGGACAAAGAUUUUUUUAAUGAAUCGACAGGCAUGAUAGAAACACUUCACCAACCAAAUGUUCCGGCCUCGCUUUCGAUUUCCACUACACCCAACCAAUCUGUCCACAAUGGUUCCGUGUUUGGCUACUUGUCAGACAUGAGUCCAAUUUUAUCAACAGGCAAUCUUCCCUGUGAAAGACAGCCGACGACAUUAUUCGAAGAGACACAACCAUCAAAAGAAGAAAAGACCUUUUUGUGGGCUUAUAAUAAUAGCAAUAAUAGUGAUAAUAUACGUUCAGUUCAACAGAAUUCAUACCAGGGUACCGAAGAUAGAUCGGUAAAGGUAGACGAAUUGAGAAGAGAUGGAUCUUGUGACCUCUUUUACACUUCUGUCACUCCUCAAAUCACACCCUGUUCCUUAUUCUCGUCACCAUUGCCAUGGACGAAUCCUCCGGCCUACAGUUUCCAAAGAGCGGGAUUUGGACAAAGUCGUAGUAAUCCAAUGAAAUCUACUGCUGUUGGUCUGUUUGAGCACUCUACCGAGUAUGUGUCCAGUUCUUCAACAUCACCACAGGAAACUACCUGGGAAACCACAUCUAAGGAAUUUCUUUUGUACCCCUGGGAUUCAAGACACUAA